AUGUGCAACAACUGCGUACAUCUCUCCAUCAUGCUUGUACAACUACAAGAAUCUGGUCGUAUAAGCUUGGGUAAAUUUGGAUCCUUUGAGGUUUCGAGUAUUUUGGGCCAUCCCCUCGGGUCUUCAUUUGAGAUCGUGGAUGACAACACCGUCAGAGUGAUUAAAAGCAUCACUGAUGCGGGUGAUAUUUGGAAUGCUGAUGAGGAUGCGCAAAAACAAGAAUUGACGAGGAUGUUUAGCAAUAGUGCGGAGAACAAUCAAAAUAUCAUAGACAUUGGAGCCAAGAUUCAAACAUUGACCAAUGACGACAUAGACGAGUUGAAGAGAAGUGGAGCAUCUUCACAAGUUGGACAGCUAAUCAUUGAGAAAAUGAUUGCAAACCACGGUGGAUUUGACAAGAAGACUAUAUUUUCACAAGAAAAGUACUUGAAACGAAAGCAACAAAAAUUCCUUCGUCGGUUUACAGUGGAAUAUCUUGGAGCUGCCGAGCUUUUGGAAUACAAUGUGGAGAAAGAUUCUUCAAAGAUUUUAGACUUGAGCGUUGAAUCUUUGGGGUUGAUGAUGACGUAUGGAAAUAUUCGCCCUGGUGGGAAAUAUCUAGUAAUUGAUGAAACUGGUGGGUUACUAGUGUAUGCGAUGAUGGAGAGGAUGAACGGGAAAGGUACAAUUGUUCUUCUUCAUGAGAACGAACAUGCAAAUUCAAUCAUGUUGAGGCACUCGAAUUAUGAUGAGUCGGUAAUUGAUACAGUUGUGAAACCUAUUAAUUGGCUACAGUUUGUUGAACCUGAGAAUGAGAAAAUACAGCUCAACGAUGAAGAUUUUGAGCCCAAGAAACCCAAACUCAAGGAGCAGCUUUUGCGAAAACGCGAGAGAGCAAAGAAUGUCAAUGAAGUGAUUGAUUUGGUACAAGAAGGGAAUUUUGAUGGCUUUGUGUCAAUGUCCACCUUGUACAUGCCCGAUGUUCUAACAUAUGUCAUACCAAAAAUAGGUGGAUCGAGACCAUUGGUCAUCUAUAAUCAGUACAAGGAACUUUUGGCAGAGGUUCAGCAGCAUUUUACAAAUGAUCGAAGGAUAAUCGCAUCGUCUGUUUUUGAAACUAGAGCCAGACCAUAUCAAACUAUACCAGGAAGAAUGCAUCCUUUGAUGACCAUGAGAAGUGGAGGAGGGUAUGUUUUAUGGGGCACUAGGGUCUUUCCAGAUGAAAGCGUUGUUGCUGUUGGCAAAGGAAUGAAGAGAAGAAGGGAGGAGUCGGAUGGAUCUGCUACCCCCAGUGCUCCAGUUAGUGGUGUAGAGGAUACUGUAGAAACUUCUGUGGAGCCUGAGACACUCGCGGUAGAGUCCAUUGACAAUGACGAGACUAUUGAGGAAAAUUCAAAAUAA